AUGCAAGCCAACCUCAUAAUCACCCUCGUGGUCGUCAUCGCAGUGUGUACAACCGGGGUGACCUGGCUCAUCUACUUACGCUGUCGCCAUGAACUCCGCCGAGACCUGACCCUCAUCCGCUGGCAGUCUCGCAGAAACGCAAUUGAAUUUGGAUCACUGCGACAUGAUAGACAGAGUCGGGAGGUACGGAUCGUCGAGGAAGGUCACGGUCAGCGUGUACAGUCAUCCAACGACAGACCGAAGACUAGCAAGGGCUCGAAAGGAGGGAAGGGUAAAGGCAAGAAUAAGGGCAAAGGCAGGAAUAAGAACGAGCAACGAACGGGCAAUGACACUACACCAGCGGAGAACUCGAAUGACGGGGGAUGGACGGCCCAGGAUGCGUUUGCUCCUGGCUCUUCGGUCUCUGAGCCUGCCGCGUCGAGUACGAGUCCACCCCGUCCGUCAACAUACGAUCAGAACCGUCCAUCUCCGGACAAUCAGAGUUCGAAUUGGCAGCAGGAGACACAAAACGAAUGGUCUACGGGGGACAAUGACUCUGGGAACCAGGAGCAACAGGCACAGAUGGACAGCGAAUGGAGCAGUGAUGGGCCGAUGCAUGGAAUAAUUCUGGCGGGGACCCUAGCGGAAGCAGUCAACCAUGGUCCAGCGAUAAUUCAGAUGCCAUGGCUGUAG